UGCAGCGCGAGGCGGUGUUGACAGUUGCUAGGUAACGAAAUCAGAAAUAAACUCCUUCGCGUCUCUGUUUUGCCAGCUCUCGGCUUCAGUGCUGAUUUGUUUUGUUUAAAAAAUAAAAAAAAAGAACAUGGCAGGCAAGGAGAAACUGGACUUGGUCCAUCAAAACGCAAUUCAUGUUGAAACGAUCCUGAAAGAGCAAAGACAACAGAAACUCCACACGGAGUUCAGCAUCAACCCACGCCGGAAACUACAUGUCCUGGCUGACAAACCCAUGUCUAGGAAACCAAAAGAACUUGUUGCAGAGAACUCGGAAUUCAUCGAGGCCUUCCACAGGGCCCGCCAGGAACCCACCAAGAAAUAUGCAGUUCCACAGACUGAGAGUCAGGAAAUAGGAUGGGUGUCAACUCCACUGAUCCCAUCAAACCGCAAUGACAAGAGAUUCAAUUUCUACAGAGUCUGCUCGGACGUCACCAAACAUAAAGAAUCUGCCCUGCGUUCAACAAGUUAGACCAAAAGAAAUAAUGAUAAUCUCCAAAAAUUGAGCAACCUAUGUCCAGAUUUAUUUGUUGAUCAUAUAAACAUACAGGUGUCAUCGCCAAAACUGCCCGUUUUGCAUUUUUAGCUUAGCAAGCUAAGAAAAACACGUAGGGGCAACAUUUGCACGUCUAUACAAAGCAGACGUGCCCAUCACAUAUUAAUUAUAUUAUAGGAAAGGGCAAAACUAACAGCUGCUCAAUAUUAUAAAAUGUCAUGUCACGUGGGAGACAAUUUGUGAAUCAAGGAGCUGAGUUAGAAAAA